AUGAGGGCAUUAAGAGACCGAAAUCUAGAUACGCUGAAUUGUAGGAUACACUAUCAACGUAGGCAUUCAGUGCGUAGUAGUAAUGGAAUACAUCAGUGUGCUAAGAUUCCGAAAAAUCUCUGCGAUCAAGCUGAUCUAGCUAAAGCAGCCCCGACACAGGUAAUAACACUAAAAUUACAUUAUGCAAUAAUAUUGAAGUUGCCUCGAGGCAGCACAAAUUUGCUAAAUAUUGUGAAAUUGUCGGUAUGGGCACCGGUUUGUAGAGCUAUACGUACUGUAAUAAUGCUGUCCUCGCUUUGCGGUCAUUUUAAAUUUUACACGCUAAACGUAGAUGACAUCAAAAUACGAAUGUCCCCAGAAAGAUAUGCUGUAGGUAUCGUCCCGUAUCAAUCAUUCGACUUCAUGAUGCCCUAUCCACCUAAACUUUUAGUGAAGUUGUCAAAUGCAAGGGUAUCCAGUACCAUUCAAACAGGUGCGAUGAGUUGCGGUCCAGGAGGGAGCAUGAAAUUAGCAACUUUCCUGCUUCUACUAGUGGGUGUUGCAGAAGAAACUAAGACAUGGGACAAAAUGAACUUACCGCCAAUAUAUUUCCACGCAAGUGUUCGUGGAUUUAAAUUGAGUGGCGAAGAUACGUACGGCAGCUGUUCUGUCUCCCAUUCUGUCCUGUGCCAGUUUUCGUACUGUGCUAGCACCCUGCUGUUCACACCUUGCUUGCUCAAGAGUCUUGUCACAGCAGACAUAGUGCAGAAUAGUUCACUCCACCUUCCGUCACCAAAGACGGCAAAAUUACUGAACUAUUUAAGCACAUUCUUAAAAUGGACUAAACGGGAAAAAUUGCUUCUAGCCUUAGAUUCCUUGCCCACAUACACAUCUGUGCUUCAUAAUUUUAAUAGCUAUAAAUUUAAAACGAAACUGUGUGCAAAAUGUCCGUCUGGAUUCUUCGAGUGCAGUAACGGCGCCUGCAUACGGGAAGCAAAACACUGCGACCGUAAGAAAGAUUGCCCAGAUGGAGCUGACGAGCUGCACUGUGAUGACAUAAACUGUGAGGCUCCAUUAUACUGGAAGUGUGAAGAUGGUAGAUGCAUACAGACCAAAUUCAAGUGUGAUGGGAACAAUGAUUGUGGAGACUGGUCAGAUGAAAAGGACUGUACUGCAUCUAAGGAACUGACUUGCCCUGAUACUGCUCCUAUAAGAAAUGUUAAUUCUUCCUCCUCACAGUUGACUUUGACAUUUACCUUGUUGCUUAGAUCUCAUUGUUUAUAUAAACAUAGUGAACAUUGCUUAAAUAUUUAUUUAUUUUAUCCAUCUUUCAGCACCUACAUGCAAUCGACGUCGUCAGAAGAGUUACAGCUAUUUGUUUUUGUAAGUUUCUUUAUCUACUGCUCCCUUUUUGACCUUAUCGUGACAAGUAAUUACCAAUAUGGACAGCAUGUGUGGAAGAUUUCAGAAAUGAUUUUGAGGGAUGUGCUGAAGGCUUCAUCAACAUUUGUGGAGGAAUGUAUUACAGUAUUCCAAUCUAUAGACUUAAGUUCUUCUCUAUACUUGCUAAUAUUUGUAUCUGUAGAUAGUCUGACACAGAGUAAUUUUUUGGGUCUGUUUGAAACAGGGUUGGAAAGUUCACCAUUUCCCACGAAUGAGUUGAAGUACUUGCUGGAUGAGAUGCCUGAUUAUAACAUUUUCUUGUUACCAGGUGCCAUCUUGAAUUCAAUGUUUAAUCAUUCAAUGUUUAAUCAAAAAGUAUGGUCUGAUCUAUAUUUAGAAAGGCAAAUAUCUGUUACGCAAAAAGUCUGCAGUGAUGAAGAUUUUGCAUGUGGGGAUGGCACCUGCAUUCCAGACAACUGGGUGUGUGAUGGCCUCAAGGACUGCCAGAAUGGCAAUGAUGAAGUUUUGGGCUGCUCUAAAAAGUUGGAUUGUGGCAAAGACUUCCUGUGCUCCAACCACCACUGCAUUCCGAAGGCUUGGGAAUGUGAUGGCAACAAUGACUGUGGGGACAACAGUGAUGAAGUAAACUGUAAGCCAAAAGAUGCUACUGAGGGCUGCACAUUGGACAAGAACUUGUUCAGUUGUCACGACAAGUUGAAAUGUGUAGAAGUUGCCGAAGUCUGUGACGGAACCCCGCACUGCUUGGAUGGUUCGGAUGAAGGUCCCAUGUGCCAGAAAAGUAAAGCAUUGUGCCCCAACCAGGGCUGCAGCUUCAGGUGCCAACCAACACCCAGUGGACCUGUCUGUGUCUGCCCGAUGGGUUUCAACCUGGUAAAUGAAAAGUACUGCUCAGGAAUAUACUUGUUGGUUUUGACUUCUGCUUCAGGUUUUGAUUCUAAAAGAUGUUCGAAAGGAUUAAUGAAAAACAGAAGAUCAAGACGGUGGAAUCAUGUCUUCAAAAUAUCAGUUUGUAGCUUAACAGCAAGACUUCACCUCUUUAGAGGAAAAACAGAUUAUAAAACAUGUCUUUGUUUAUAUUAUCACCAAAAUGAUGCAGAUGUUUGUAUUGUCACUGAAAUUUUUCCAGACAUUGACGAGUGCAAGAUGUAUGGCAUAUGCUCCCAGAAGUGCAGAAAUACACACGGCAGCUAUGAGUGUUUCUGUGACCAGGGCUACACCUUGCAAAGUGAUAACCACACUUGCACUGUCAAUGAAGGAGAAGCUGUCUUGCUGUUUUCAACAAAGACCGAAGUUCGGGUUUACUUCAUGCGGAACGAGGUGUACAGGUUGGUGGCAGACGGGCAGCAGCAUGUGGCGGGAGUGGCUUAUGACGGAGUGUACAUCUACUGGACGAGUGUCCGCAAUGGAGAAGAGGCCAUCAUCCGGAGCAACCACGAUGGCUCCAUUACUGAUGUGCUCGUGUCUUCAGGUUUGAGUCUACCAGAAGACCUGGCAUUGGACCUCAUAACAGGCAACAUCUACUUCACUGAUGGUGAAGAAAGCUACAUAGGAGUCUGCACGAAAACUGGGACAGAAUGCACUGUGCUUGUGAAUGAGGAUGUCCGGAAGCCCAGGGGAAUAGCUCUCCUGACACAGAAUGGGUCAAUGUACUGGUCUGACUGGGGCAAGAACCCGAAAAUUGCGACAGCUGGCAUGGAUGGAUCCUCACCACGGCCCUUCGUGGUUGGUGUGCACUGGCCCAACGGGAUAACCAUAGACAUUGGCAAUGAGCGCUUGUACUGGGUUGAUGCCAAGCUGCAGUCAAUAGAAUCCGUCAACUUGGAUGGCAGCGAUCGCAGGGUAAUUCUGGAAACAGCUGUGAAGCACCCAUUCUCGAUCGCAGUCUUCGAGAACACCCUGUACUGGUCGGACUGGGAAGACCAGCAGAUUGCCUCGUGUCACAAGUUUACAGGAAAGAACUACAAAGUCAUGUUGCGGUCACUCAGAAGCCACAUUUACGGAAUAAAAGUUUACCACCCUGCCCUACAUCCCUCGCUGGAGAAUCCCUGCAAAGAUGCUGGCUGCAGUGAUAUUUGUAUGCUGGCCCCUAACUCAUCGUACACAUGUGCCUGCCCUGUGGACAAAGAACUUGGUUUUGAUCAGCAUUCAUGCCGAGCUGUGCUGAAGAAGGAAGUGGUGGUGGCAGUGGCUGGGAGCCACAUAAUCCAGGUGGAGCACCGGCUGCUGGGCCGGCAGACCCAGUCAGUCAUGUUGGCCAAGAGUGUCCGCCAUGUCGAUGCAGUCGUCUACAGCUCUGUGGAUGACAUGCUGAUACUGAGUGAGAGUGAAGAGAAGAAAUUGUUCUCAAUGGUGAUGUCUACUAAUGUAAUUAGACUACUACUCGAGAAAGGAAUUGGGAAGAUCAUGAGCCUGUCAUAUGAUGCGUAUGGUAACAAUGUGUACUGGAGUGAUGCUGAGCUUGCAACAGUGAAUGCAAUGAGCAUGAACACCAAAACAGUGGCCGUGUUGUUGAGAAGCACGGGGGCCGAACCACCGCUGAGUGUAGCUGUCGUCCCAGAUCAGGGGUACAUGUUUGUGGCAUUUGGCUCAUCCUCAUAUGUGCACGUGGACAAGAUCCUGAUGGACGGUUCUGGACAGCGUGUCCAUGUGCUGGAGGAAGUGUCGGGGCCCUAUGUCUCUCUCUGGUAUGACAGCAUCCUGGACAGAGUCUUUGUGGCAGAUUCAGGGACGAACACCAUAGGAAGUCUUGCCUCUGAUGGUAUUGACCACCACAUCUUCAAGAAGCUGUCAGGAUCCCCGACAUCAGUAACUGCUCUGGGGCAGGAUCUGUUCUGGACUAUCCAUGGCCAGCGCAGCUUGUACUGGGCCAACAAAUUCGAUGGUGCUUCCAAAGUGAAGAAAAUUGACCUUAUGGCUGCGGACGACACGUACCACGUAGUGCUGACGGCUGUGAGGGGAGUGGCGCUGCUGCCGAACCACCCGUGCCAUCAGGGGAAUGGUGGCUGCAGCCACCUGUGCCUGAUGAGGGGACAGAAGCAGGUGUGUGGCUGUCCCGAGGGCAUGUUGCUGCAGGAUAACUCGACGUGCAUUGUGCCGGCAGGAUGCCGGCCAGACGAGUUCCACUGCGAGCGUGACAAGCGGUGCAUACCUACCUCACGCAGAUGUAAUGGUGUAAAUGACUGCCCAAGUGGAGAGGACGAGAAAAACUGUGUGGUGUGCCGGGAGCACGAGUUCGCCUGCAGCAACGGGCAGUGUGUUUCCCUGGAAGGGAAGUGCGAUGGCAUCGUGCAGUGCUCAGAUGGGUCAGACGAGCGGGACUGCGAAGUUGGGAUGUGUGACACAGAGACAGACUUUGAGUGUCGAAAUGGAAGGUGUGUAGCGCAGAGCUUACGGUGUGACCUAACAGAUGACUGUCGUGAUGGCUCUGAUGAAGAAAACUGUGACAUAGUUAAAUGUGGAGAAUCGGAGUUCAGGUGCCGUUCCGGAGCCUGCAUACCGGGCACGUGGGAAUGUGAUGGGGAAGUGAAUUGCCCAGACUCGACAGAUGAACAUGACAAUUGCACGACAGCUACCUGUGGUCCCGACGAGUUCUCCUGCAGUAAUGGACACUGCUUGGACAAGCAGCUGGUGUGUAACCUGGUAGACGACUGCGGCGACGACUCGGAUGAGAGGGAUUGUCAGCAGUCGGGAGCGAGAAAUGCAAGUUUCACCUGCAGUGAAGCAGAGUUCAGUUGCUGGUCUCGGCAGGGGCUGUGCGUUCCUCUGGCGCAGAGGUGUGAUGGCAAGGCGGACUGUCCAAAGGCAGAAGACGAGCGGGACUGUGCGUGUGCUGCAGACGAGUUUGAAUGUAAGAAUGGAAAGUGCAUCUCGACCAGCUGGCUGUGUGACCAGAGGGACGACUGUGGGGAUGCUUCAGAUGAGGAUCGCAGUAGGUGCAUCAGUCUGCAUACAGGGGAAGAAGAAAAAGCUGUGUGCAAAGGAUUUGAAUGUGACGCUGGUAAAUGUGUAGAGUUGGAACAGCUUUGUGAUGGCAACAGAGACUGUGAAGAUGGCAGUGAUGAAGGUGGCAAAUGUGGCAAGGCGUGUAUGGGGCACCCCUGCGACGGGGAGUGUCAGGCGACCCCGGCAGGCCCACACUGCUACUGCGGGGCUGGCUACGAGCUCGGGCAGGACGGAAAGAGCUGCCACGACGUGGACGAGUGUCUGGUGCGGCCCCCGGUCUGCUCGCAGGUCUGCGUCAACAGCCCGGGUGGCUUCUCUUGCAGCUGUGUCAGUGGCUUCGUGCUCCGCAUCGAUAGGACGUCCUGCAAGGCAACAGGGCCUGCCAUGGAGUACGUGUUGGUGACGGGACGUGGCCAGAUCAGGAAGGUGUCGCAGUCUCUGACCAGUGUGGAUGUAUUGCACAAGCACCACUUCCUGAGGGUCACGGGUCUGGAUGUCGAUGCCAGGGCAUACACAGUCUGCUGGAGCACUCGGGAAACGGCAACAAUUUACUGCCAGUCACUGAAGACCCACAACAGGACAUACGUGGAGGGGGUAGGUAACCCGACAGAGGUGGCAGUAGACUGGAUCACAAAGAACAUCUACUACGUGAAUGAUGUGCCAGCUGGGCAAAGUGACAUACAGGUGUGCCACCUGACGGAAAAGCUGUGUGCUGUUGUGGUGCCAGCUGUAAGUGGCAGUAGGAUUGGCAACAUUGCAGUCGAUCCACUUGCUGGAUUUCUGUUUUGGACUGAAAUGAGCGCUUUAGUACAAAAAGGAGAGGCAGGCAGCAUCAGGAGGGCAGACCUCGCCGGAGGCGGCAGGACAGUUCUGGUGCAGUCUGGCCUGGGGUCGCUGAGUGGCCUGGCCUUGGACACAGUUCGGCGCACAGUCUACUGGGCGGACGCCUCCUUCCAGGUCGUAGAGUCGGCGACGUACGAUGGCGAAGAGAGGACGGCAGUAUUCACGUCGGAGGUAAAGAGACCCAAAAGACUGGUGCUGUUUGAGGACAAGCUGUACUGGUUGCCAGAGCAUUCGGGCUUUCUGAUGCAAUGCAAGCUGUUCACAAAGGGACAGAGGUGUCUGAGCAUCCACAUAAACGUCUACGACGGAGACUACCUGACCAUCAUGCAAGAGUCACGCCAGAGAGCUGGUGUAAACCCCUGUGAGCAUCACCGCUGCUCCCACAUGUGCGCAAUAACUCCUCGAGGGGCCAAGUGCUUGUGUGCCGACGGGCAGAUCGUAGGUGAAAACAUCCACUGCAAGAAUGAGGGUGCGAAGGUCUCGGAGCCAAGAUUCUUCCUCCCGGGAAUUGUGGACGGUUUGAGAACAGCUACAGUUGCUGACCAGCCGAGCAGUGUGUCUGAGGGGACGAACACCACCUCUGUGGUGAUAGCACUCGUGAUCGUGCUCGUGGUGGUGUGCCUGGCAGCUGCUGUGUAUUACAUAUACAAGAGGCAGCUGGUCACAUUCAGGGACUUGGACUUCAGGAUACGCUUCCAGAAAUCUGGAUUUACUGCUAGCAGGCAGCCUAAAUCUUCAAAAAGUGCCAGAGCUUCUGGUUCUGCUGAACAAGAGUUUGUUAAUCUAGUAGAGGAAGAAUACAUCUCAAAUGGUGCAGGUCAAGAGUGAAUGUGUCAUAUCGCUAUUUCAAAGUUAGUUGAAAAAAUGUGCAUUUAAGUUUC